CAAUGGAUAAAAUAUUAUCAUCAAAGUAUAAAAUCAGACUUACACGAUAUGAUGAUUUAAGAGUGUAUUUAGAGUUGUACGAAAAGCUAAUAGAUGUUAAGGAAAGGCCUAUAAAAACUUCAUCUAUUAUAAUAUUUCUUAAAUAUUUUAAUCCGCAUACACAAUUGUUAGAAGGUCUUGGUCAGCUGUACGUUCAGAAGGAUUAUACAGUUAAUGUUCUUUUUCCCAUCCUUUGUGAAAAGAAACAAUUUCCGUUAAACAUGCUUCUUGAUAUAUAUAAAGAAUUCGAACCAAAUAUAGUCAAAAAAAUGAGUCCAAAUUUUACUUUUAGAAAAUAUAAGAUACAAAAUGGUGAUAUAAUAUGUUUCCAAAAGACAUUGACAAAUAAAGA